UCGACACCGCGUAUCUCCCGCACCUUGUCCUCUUCCAUCUCUUAUCGCACCAUGGCACAGGCAGCCACCGUCAAGAUCGGCAGCAGCACCUACACCGUCCCGACAGGGCUCUUCAUCGCUAACAAGUUUGUUCCCUCUGUCGAUUCCGUUGAGCGCAUCGAAGCCGUGAACCCUCUCACUGAGGAGGUCAUCUGCUCCGUCGUCGCAGCUUCAUCGAAGGACAUCGAUGCCGCGGUCGCCGCCGCCCGAGAGGCGUUCAACACAACAUGGGGCAAGAAUGUGACCGGCACCGAGAGAUCGCGCCUUAUCAACAAGUUGGCCGACUUGAUUGAGCGCGACGCGCAAUCCCUAGCGGAACUGGAGACCUUGAACAACGGCAAGCCCGUCAAAGUCGCUAGGGACUUCGACAUUUCAGACAGUGUCGCGUGCUUGCGCUACUACGCAGGCUGGGCGGACAAGAUCGCAGGCCAGGCACUUGAAAUCGACAACAAGACCAAGUGGGCCUUCACGAAGUCUGAACCCAUUGGCGUAUGCGGUCAGAUUAUCCCAUGGAACUACCCCAUUAUGAUGUGGGCAUGGAAGAUUGCACCAGCCCUGGCUGCUGGGUGUACUAUUGUCAUGAAGCCGUCAGAAGUGACGCCUCUCACGGCACUGAAACUGUCCGAACUCAUCGUCGAAGCCGGGUUCCCUGCGGGCGUCGUCAACACGGUGCCAGCCUAUGGUCCUGUCGGCGGCGCCGCUAUAGCGUCGCAUCCCGAUAUCGACAAGGUUGCCUUCACCGGUAGCACCGCCACCGGCCGAAAGAUCAUGGAGGCCGCCGCCAAGAGCAAUCUGAAGAAGGUCACGCUCGAACUCGGUGGAAAAUCCCCUCAUCUGGUCUUUGAGUCGGCUGAUUUGCAACAAGCUGCAAACUGGGCGGCCCUGGGUAUCUGCUACAACACAGGCCAAGAUUGCACUGCAGGAUCUCGUGUCUACGUUCAAAAUAGCAUCUAUGACAAAUUCCUCGAAGUGCUCACCGCCACCGUCAAGGCUACUGUGAUUGGAGAUGGCUUCGACGACUCCGUGACGGGUGGUCCAUUGGUAUCGAAGGCCCAAUUCGAGCGCGUCUGGGGCUAUAUCGAAGCCGGAAAGCAGGAAGGCGCCCGUGUGGCCCUCGGCGGAGAAAAGCGCUCGGGCAAGGGGUACUUUGUCGACCCAACUAUCUUUACUGACAUCAAAGAGGAUAUGAAGAUUGUCAAAGAGGAGAUUUUUGGCCCUGUCCUGUCCGUCGGCCGCUUUGAGACAGAGCAGGAAGCCAUCUCCAUUGCGAACGCCACGAAUUACGGCCUAGGCGCUGGGCUCCAUUCUCGCGAUGCCAACCAGUGCAUACGCGUAUCCUCAGCGUUGGAGGCCGGUACCGUCUGGAUCAACCAAUACAACAUGUUGACGAACAACGUGCCCUUCGGCGGCAAGAAGCAGUCCGGCAUGGGUCGCGAACUCGGAAGCCAUGGCCUCGAGGAAUACAUCAGCGUCAAAGCGGUGCACUGGAACUUCGGCGAACAGUUGGAUUGGCCUUUCUGAGAUGCGGGGUUGAUAGUAUCCGAAUGACCUAUCGAGAGCUACACCAUGUACUUGUACGAUGAACUGUUGAUUUACUGACCUACACCAAA